UACGACAGAGUGCGUCCGUGCGCGUGGUGGGAACGGUAGCAAGAUGGCGGCGCUGAAGGAGGAGCAGUGCUACGGACUGUCCUGUGGAAGAGUGAGCAACGGUAGCAAUGUCUCCGUCUUUCACGUUAAACUCACUGACAGCGCGCUGAGAGCGUUUGAAGGCUACCAGAGCGGCAAGGUCCUGUCAUCACGACCAUUGAUCAGGUUUAAUGGAAACCAAGGGAAGAUUUCGAUACCACGGUCAGAAAAUUCCAGUGAACUGCAAACGUUUACUUUCUACCUGUCAAAUGUGGGCAGAGAUAACCCCCAGGGCAGCUUCGACUGCAUCCAGCAGUACAUCACGAGUGAAGGGAGCAUUCAGCUGGAUUGUUUGGGUGGGAUCCAGGACAAGAUUACAGUAUGUGCCACAGACGACUCCUACCAGAAGGCCAGGGAGAGCAUGGCCCAGGUUGAGGAGGAGACUCGCAGUAGGAGUGCCAUUGUCAUCAAACCUGGUGGGAGAUACGUAGGUAAGAAGGUCCAGAUCCGGAAACCGGCACCUGGCCUGUCAGACGUUGCCCCGUUACGGAGGACGUCUCGGCCCGUCAUCAUCUCUAGCAGUACGCUAAAGAAGGGCACACCUCAGCACAGGCCGCUCCGGGAGCGCCUUGUACACCUGUUGGCCCUCAAGCCUUACAAGAAGCCUGAGCUGAUCCUGAGGUUGCAGAAAGAUGGCCUCCUGCCAUUAGACAAGGACUCCCUGGAUAGCCACCUGCAACAGGUGGCGAACCUGAAUGGGAAAGACAACGCCUUCACAUUGAAGGACUUUUUGUAUAAGGAAAUUCAGAAGGAUUGGCCGGGCUACACAGAAGGAGACCAGCAGAUUCUCAAGAGAAUCCUGUUUAGGAAACAGAGCCAGGCCCAGAACAGUUCUGCCCCUCCACUGGAGAGCCCGCCCAAAGACCUGGCCGGCAGCUCCCCAUCUCAGAAACGGCCCGCUGCUGACUUCAUCGACCCCCUUGUCAACAAAAAGCCCAGGAUAUCGCACCUCGCCAGCAAGGCUGCAACAGCCCCAGUCAAUGGCAAGCUCGGCUCCAUCAACGGGAGAGGAGAGGCAGGUGGAUUGCAGGCAGCAGUGGCGGUUUCUAUCUCAGACGGCGGCAUGACAUCCAGCUCCCAGCAGCUCCCUGUGCUGGACAUCCCUCGUCCAUUUGAAGCACUGUCGGAUGUCAGCAACGACUCCAGCCACAACGGUAGAGACUGUGACUCUCAGGAAACAGCGGUGUCCGAGAGGCUCAGCCAACCGCCUUCGCUUUUCUCGGGCUCAACGAUGCUCACUGCACCCAGCAUUGGCACAUCAUCUCCUGGACCCAUGGUCCUGGAGGGGCCUCGGGACAAGAGUCCUUCAUCCUGCAACAACAAGUCCAGGAAGAAGUCAAAAAAGCAUAAAGACAAGGAGAAGAGCAAAGACAGGGAGAGAGUGAGAGAAAAGGCGCAAGAGAAGGAGAAAGAGAAGGAGAGGAAGAGUCGUGAGGAGCGUGUGCCUGAGCCUAACAGAGCCUGUGAGAUGAGCCCAGCAAGCAUCAAAAGCAACAGUAUUCCACACAAAAGCACAGAUCUGAAUGGAAUGUGCAACAGUACCAGUAUUCCUUUGUCAUCACCUGAGGUGGCAGACUAUUUAUUGAAGUACACAGUGAUCGGCUCGCUGGAGCAGCGUCAGAGGUAUAAAAACGAUUUCAACGCUGAGUACAGUGAGUACCGGGGUUUGCACGCUCGGAUAGAGGGCAUCACCCGGCAGUUCACGGUGCUUGACAAUGAGCUGAAACAGCUCCACCAAGGCACAGACAAGUACAAGACAAUCCACAAUCAGAUACUUCAAGAGUAUCAUAAAAUAAAAAAGACUAAUCCAAACUAUAGUCAAGAGAAGAACCGCUGUGAAUAUCUACACAACAAACUGGCACAUAUAAAGAGACUUAUUGCCGAGUACGAUCAACAGCACCUUUUAAAGUAGUUAGUAGACAUUGUUUCCCUGUUAUCUCUGGAAACCAAGCAGAUAAAGGAAAACUCUGGAUUCCGCUUGUGCUAAAAUAAAACGUUCUCAUGAAAGAUGCCAUGAAGAGAGGAUUCCCCUCAUUGGGGCCAAAGGCUCUAGUGAGGACUAAGCAAGACACACAAUCUUCUUUCUCUUUACUUUUUUUUUUUUCUUUUUCUUUUUGGAGGAUGGGGUUGUGCCUGGUGUGGCCAGGUCCGUCUGUGUAGUUACAAUGCAUCCAGGAAAAAAGGUUCUGCGUGGCUUUGUUUUUCUCUACAGCCCACCCUGCUUAUAGUGCACAGAGGUCUGAAAGAGUCAAACAUGGAAACUUUCCCACUUUCUUGGGAGAUAUGCGAAUAAUCUUUCCUGUUUUUGAAACCGGAGAGAAGGGGGACACUGAGAUGAAAACUGCAGAUUGUACGCCAAAUGCAACUAAUUUGUUUUUUGAGUAAAGAAAACUUAAGUGAAUUUCCCCAUAUACUGAAUCGAAUGGUUGUGACGUUGAAUUUAUCUCUCGGUUUUUCUUUUAUUUAUUUUUUGACACUUAACUGGGAGGCGGGGGCGGGGACUGAGUCUGUUCUACACUCCUCAAUAUCAGUACUUAAAAGCUGUCUCUCUUAUUUUCUGUCCUCGCAUCUUGAAUGUCAGCCAGUAUUUUAUUCAGAAGCUGCCUUGUCCAUCUAAUUGUCAAACUGUUGGCGUUUAUUAUUUUUUUUUCUCUUUUGAAGAGAUGCAGAUAUUACUGUUUAAAUCAAAAUGAUGCCUCUAAACGCACCUAGUCAGACGCAAGUUUGUGCGCUUGGCUUUUCUUUUCUAAAAAUCAUGUAGAUUUCUUUGAACACGGUCUCCUCACUCAGUCAUGACGAGCUGAAGUGCUUGUUCAUUGGUUACAGCAGUGGUCCUUAGUUUCAUCAUGUCGUAUCAAUGAAAAACUAGAUUUAGUUCUUAAUUGGUUGUCUUUCCAGGUUAGGUCAUGACGGCUUUUGUAGCAAUAGAAUGAGUCAAGGUUAUCUGAAGAGUUCAUUUCCAGUUAUACUCUUCUUCAUGCUUCAGAAGAUCCUCUAAUUGUAAGAUGAUGCAGACAGGGGAUGUAGAUCUGAAGGCUUUUUUUUUUUCCAACUUAAAAAUGUUUUUAAAAAUUAGGUAGAGUCACAGAUCUGAUAUCUCCUAAGUUACCAUCAAUUUCACAUUUUUAGUUAUGUUAAAAUAGUGUUUACAGUGUCUUUAAAAAGAUCAAAUUCUUUGUUUUGUCUGCUCAUCGACCCACAUGAAUAGUCCAUUGAGACGACUGUUAAGAUGAAGCCAUCCUUGAUCAUCUUCCAGGUGUUGUCCUCUUGGAGAAGGAGGGCUCCCCUGCGACCAGUUUUUGCCUUUUUCAAAUGUGAUGUCAGAUAUUCACAGAGGUUGACCUGAAAUCUUUUUCCUGGAUCAGCUCUCCCUUUCUGAGAAGCGUCGCGUCAAAGGCGGAUCCACGAGACGGAUCCGUAGAUAAUUCAGAAAUGCUGUAUCGGACACUUAACCCGAUGAAGGAGCGAGUCGAGUUUAGUCAGCGAAUGCGUUUCUUAUAUCGAUCUUUUUAUGUGAAUAUGAAAAAUCAGCACUUUUUCUCCUGAUCUUGCUGUUACCUGGGGGUUUUGUCCAAACGACUUUUCUCUUUGUCCAUCAGAGUGCAUGCUUUAUGAAUGUGUUACAAUGAACAGUCUUUCUAUCUUUACUUGAAGGAAAAAAAAAAACUGCCCAUGGAUAUUAAAAUCCAAGCAAAGGCCUAGUCCAACUGAAUCAGUAUGUAAUCAAUUCGACAUGGCUCUGACCAGCAUGUAUACCAAAGUGCUUACGGAAUGGGAUGAAACAAAACGCUCUACCAAAUGUUGGCAAAGGAACAUGUCGCAGUAUUCUCGGUUUCGUGUUUUUAUCAUGUCUUUUGUCAUAAUUUAUCAUCCAGUGGAAUCUUUCUCAGUGUUUUCUUGUGAGAAGUCAGAGGACGGUCCUUUGCUCCAGAUGGGAUUUUGCACGACUUGGCUCAAGUGUUUCAAUGUAAUGCCAGGUUUCAGAUUAUAUCACUCAACUAAUGCAAACACUACAUCAAGGCCAAUGCUCCGAGACUCAUCACAGCGAUGCUGCUGGGUCUAGACUGAGGCUGGAUUUGGAACUUGAUGAUGUCUGGGUGAGGGAACAUACAGUUUGUAAAGGUCUUUUUACCAGAAUCAACACUCGGCAUCGCCCAGUACUGCAACCUUUUAACAAGAAAGACUCCUUUCACCAUUCUUACUGUGGUAUCUUGUUUUCUAAAAGCAUUCUGACAUGAUUACUGUAUUACACCUCUUAUUACGGUCAAAUCCAUUGUGAAUGAGCUCAUCAGUAAACAUGUUUUGAUCCGAUGGAGAGCAAACUGUUUGAAAGUAACGAUAUGCCAGCACAGGAGUACCGUUGUAUGAGCUGAUUGUGCCAAAAUGAUCUGUUGUAUAGUUUUUUUCUUUUUUUUUUUCUUUUCUCUUCAGUAUAUACAUGCUGCUGUAUGAGCAAAGAGGUCUUUGGAGAAGAGUCAUGAAAUGUUGGCGCUAAAACCCAAAGCACGCUUUUUGAAAACCAUAAGGGACUGGGACUGAAAUUGAUCUUUGUUUCAAUAAAAUUCUUUAAAAUCCUUAUUUGUGAAAUUCUGAA